AUGGAUAGGAUUAACUUAUGUGGAAGGUUAUUAUUAACUGGUACUUGUGGUCUGAUUAUUUCUGAUCUUCCUGAGUGUGGUACACAUGGAACUUCUCCUUUUCUUUUUAUUACCGAUGAUAUAAUUGAUGAUUCCAUUGGUGAAUGGGAAUUUAGUUUGAUUGGUAGAUUGGAUCUUGUGACUUUAAAAUUUAAGAUUGCAGAAUCAAUACUUAGAAGGAAGUGGAAAUUAAAGGGUCAUGUUCAGCUUAUUCCUCUAAGUAAAGGAUAUUUCAUCAUCAAAUUAGAUAAUGAAGAGGAUAAACUGUAUAUCUGGGCUGGAAAUUGGACUGUUGAAGAGAAAAAUCUUACUGUUAGGAAUUGGGAGCCAAAUUUUAACCCUGCAGCACAGAAAUCUACUUCAGCAUUUGUUUGGGUAAACUUUCCUAGUCUUAGUAUUGAGUAUUGGAAAGAGAAGAUAAUUAUGCAAAUGGGUAAAGCUCUUGGUAGACCAAUUAAGGUUGAUGAAACUACCCUGAAAAAGGAAGCAGGAUUUUAUGCAAGUGUUUUUGUUGAGAUUGAUCUAACUAAGGCCAUUCCAAGUAAAAUUUGGGUUGAAUAUAAAUAUGGUGGUUUUGUUCAAGCAAUUCAAAUUCCUAGUUUACCUAAGUUCUUUAAUCAUUGUCAAUUAAUAGGUCAUUAUGUUGCAGAAUGUAGAAAUAAUAGAAAGGAACAGGAACAAACUGCAGAAGUCAAUGCACCAAAGCAAGUCAAGCAGAUUUGGAAGAAGGUUGAAUCAAAGAAAAAUCAGACUCCAUUUAAAUCUGGUUAUGACAUAUGUUUCAGUACUCCUUCAAAGUUUAGUGAGAUGGAAAAAAAAAUAUUGCAAGAUAUGACUGAAGAUAUUUUCAAUUCACAUGUAGAUUUUCCAAUACUAAAUGUGGAACAAACUCUUAAGGCAGCUUCAAGUGCACCUUCAAUAAAUGAAGUGAUUCAUAUUGUUCCUUCAGUAGAAAAAGAAGUUGUUCAUAUUGAAGUUCCAAAGAUAAAACAGAAAGCAGCUAAGCAUAUAAGUAUCAUUAAAACAAGAAAUCAAGUGUCAGGCUUAGGGAGUAAGGAUGUUCAAAUUGGGAAGCUGGGAGGGAGUAAUUCUUCUCAACAUCAAUCAAAUCAAUGA